AUGCAGUGUGCUCUCCGCAUCCACAACUCGCCGCAAGCAUUCACAUACACAAACAAAAACGACAGCAAGAUGGCACGCAAUUAUCCGGCUGAGACCAGGGCUCAGAAAGUGUACGAAGAACGGUAUGAGAAGGAACUGGUGGCUCAACUACGUUACUUUACCCAGCAUCAGACGGAGAUGGAGGGAGAGGGGCCCAACGUUGACUCAUCACCUGCUACGGAAAUUCGACGGCGCAGGAUGAAGAUUGUGUCAGACAGUCUUCUCAGACAAUUUCUUGAAACACCAAAGACGAGGGAUAGCGAAAGCGGAGGGGAGAAUCAGUCACUGGAUGGCCAACCUACAGAAUCGGAGGCAUGCCUGACCGCAGUGGAUUUAAAUGAAAUGGCACCGGUAGACCCAGAGCUUAAAAACAUUAUUUACGAGGGCAUCUCCCAAGAAUCUAUGGGCAGGUGA